CUGAAAUAAUCACAAUACAAUCCGGUUUGAUACAAGUGCAUUGUGAUUGGCCAGUGACGAAGCGUGCUGCUGACUGACGGAAAGAAAUAUACAACUGCAAGUCACCGAUUUAGAAGGAAACGUUGUACCUUGACGUCCACGAUGGCCCGUAUGAUGAGUACAGCCGUGUCAGACAUGGUGUUGGCACUGUCUGUCUUCUGGUUGGUCAAGUAUCUGCUUGUACAGAACAUGUUCGCAGCUCUGGGAUUCAUGAUCCAGGGAUUUGCUGCUGCUGCAGGUGUUGCCAGAUUUUCGUCCAGAGCUCCAGGAGGAACCAUCACGAAUGUUCACAAGUAUCUCUCUUGGUUUGCAAGAAUCGCUGGCAUGCCAUUGGUGGCUGUUGGAUUCUGUAAAUAUGUUAUGCCGUAUUUAAUGAAUCUGAACUUCAUGUUUUCACUGGGCGUGAUUUUUACCAAUAAGCUGCUCGAUGAAAGUCAGCGUUCUCUGGUGAAUGAGGCUUGUAGUGGGUUCGCCAUGUUAACAAUCAUCGCAGUGUCCUAUACAACGUGGAACGUCGCCGGACUCGCUGCUUCCUUUGUGUAUGUUGUGUCAGGUCUUGUGAUUGGCUCUCAAGGAUCCUGGAGCGGUAUACAACGAAUUGACAUUUUACACUACGCACUUGUAGUUGGCAAUGUAUUUUUCUACUCAGCUCUGUAAAUAAUGGUAAUUCUAGCAUAAUUAGAUUACAGUAUGUUAAUCUGCAGAACUUUGAAUGAUUGUACAAUGCUUCAGAUUGCAAGUCAGUCAGAACUGACCUGUGAAAAAAUACAACAUAAUAAUAAUAACAACAACUACAUGCCAGACUGUGGGCAAGGGAUGCUGAAAUCACACUGCAUAUUACCACAAUCAACAGAUCCAUCUGCAUUUAAGAUGUCCCUCCAUUUCUGAGAUAAGUGGUCCUCUGACCCUGAUUUGUAUGAGGCAUGGCCUGACCAAUAAACCACUCAAGUCAUGUUACCAGGCAACAAAACUAAUAAUAGGUUUAGAAUUUUCUGACUACUUGCUCAUCUAAACAACAUAUUACGUAAAACAAAUAUCAAGCUAUGCUUAGAUGCAGGUUUGUGACAUACAGUAUAGUGAAUAUCUAAUAUCUCUUGGGGAAAUGUCAGUUAUGUUCUAUCUGCCAGCUAUUUUCACCAUCUCUCUGGCCUGUGUUAUAACUAAGUGAGCCUUAGGAUUAUUGACUGGAACAAAACUUUUACAGUAAAGUUGUUAGGCUAUUUAGGCCUCACUUUAUUUUUGGCUUGGCUUAUUGAUCCGCUGACCUUAAACAUUGAAAAUUCAGAUGGAAGAAAAAAUCAGAAAGACAAGUGAUUUAUUUCAUACCACUGACAGUGAAGAUCACUUUGACACUAAAAAUAAUCCUAAGAAUUUUUGUAUGACUAAAACAAAUUUUUUCAGAAUUUUAGUUUAUACUAUUCAGUGACCCAAACCAAGCAAAGAUAUUUUAUUUAUUUUAUCACCUACCGAUCCAAAUCAAACUUUACGAUGCAUUUUAUUAUAUAUUUUAUUUUUGACCUACAGACAACAAAAUCAAAAAUUAGAAACAAUACAAAAUGUCUGUCCUUAAUAUAAUUAUGUACAUGUAUAUGCUGUCUUUCAACAAGCCCAGUGCUGGUGUCACCAUAUGUAGUAGACAAAUAUGUUCAAUGUCAUUUACUCAAGAAAGUUUGACAUGUCCAAAUGUUAUGUUAGUCUGUCUAUCCUUUCACCUCUUCUAUACCUCAGAUGUUGGGAACCCAAUUUUCCAAGGUAAAGUUAUCUAACAGUUUAGCCCAGAGUCUGGAGUCAGCCAGAAGUAAACACUCUCAAGCUAUUCAACUACACUUUAAUAACCCAAACAUAAACAUGUAGGUACGCUUUCUGUUUGAACUUUGUCACACUGGAGGGUUAUUGACUUAUUAUAGGAGACACAAUUAGUUUUGACAAGAAAGCCUGUCUGGCAAGGAAUAUUUAAAAAAUCACACUCUGCAUCAAAUACUCUGUUCAAGGACACAUAAUGGAAAGAAUGACUGUGCUUAUAUAGAUGCAUAUCGCACAGCUGUGUUUGCUGCUCACAACGCCACAGUUGAAAACAACUUUGUUACAGGCAGCCUGCAAAAAUAUCUCAGACUGAAAUAUAUUUUUGCAAAAGAUUUAAUGAUAAUAUAUGUUUGCCAAAUCAGCUUGUCUAUCUCUCUGGCAAUAAUCAAAUAAUGAUCAUCGUUAUACAACCACAAACUAUCGACCUAUUUAGCUUUGUAUAACCGAGCAGUGGUGCUGAAAGCAGAGAUAUUUUUAAUAAUGACUCCAGAAUUUCUUAAUGGAGCAAUGGAUAAAACAAAUGGCGAAUAAAUUAACCAGUUUAGCUUCUUUUAGAUCUUGGACUUUUGUGUUUCUCUGUUCCAUGUGUUGGUCAGCAAACUAUUCCUUAAUCACAAGCCAAUGUGAUGGUGCCUCUCUGUUCUGUAUGCUGUCAUAAAAAUAGCCUAAUUUUGUAGAAGCUUCAAACUUCAUAAUCACCUGUCGAAGGUCUGGUUUUAUGUCCAACAAUUAGACAUUUUAUUCUGGUAUAUUUAUUCUUAUAGAAAAUCGGAACCUUAUAUUCCAAGAUAAGCAGUUUAGAAUUAGUUCAAUGUACUUCUGUGGAUGCUCAUUCAAAGGGAAGCAACUCUUGUCAGUUUGAGUCAUUGAUAGACAUUUAGAAGGAAAACAUGAGACAUGUUGACGCUUCAUCAGGUGAAGAUUUACCGGUAGUAAGCAUAUGUGAGUUAUAUGUAACUGAUAUGUCAGUUUGUCUAAAUUCACUGCCAAAGGGAGAUUACAGGGUAUUAUAAUAACAAUAUUUGCAGGAAUAUUGGAGAAAUUAUUUUCAGUAAUUCUCACUGAUCAUUGUGAUAUUUGCUUCACCUUGAUUGGCUAGUUCAUUAAAUUUGUUCCAUUGUAACUAUUGUUUGCAAAGAGGUUCAUAGCAAUGUGACGUAAUAUGAACACAUUGUCAGCCAUUGUUCAUGACAAGGAAUUUGGAUUAUCUGUCCUUCGUGAAUUAAUGUUAAUAGUUUUUAGCCAAGGUUCAGAAGUUACAAAAUUAAUUUACUCGGGACACAUACUUCCUUAAUUCUGGUAGCUCAUAGGUAAUUCUGUAGAUAUCUCUAUCUCUAAUAUUCAUUAUUAUUAUAUACCGUUAUACUGUCUGCACCACUCAUUAUAGAACAUGUAUUUUUAGUCUAACCUUAGAUAGGUGAUAAACACCCUGGAUAUAACUGUAGGAAGUAUGACUCAAGGGUUGGCUGGUGUGUCAGUGUGGACCUGGGGUCAGAUGACAGUCAGUUGGAUGUUUCCACUUCUCUGUUACAAGUAUGACUAAUAAGUGCUUUAGAUAGAAUCUUGUUACAGUUUAACACAUGAAUAACAGUGUCAGAGAUAUAAGGCUGAACAGCUGAGCUACACUUGUUUAAUUUAAUAGUUUCCUAAAGGCUAGGGUUCUAGCAGACUGAAUAUGAUGACGAUGGUAAACUUUUCAAGUUUCAUACACGUAUUGCGGUUGUUCUUUAUGGAGUAUCUGAAAAAAAUAUAAACAUGGGUAUUGUAGUCACGUUCAGGGACCGUUGAUUGUCACAGAAAAUAUUCUAAAAGUAUUUUCACAUACUUCAAAAGCAUUGAGGAUUAGAUCUCAACAGCACUAGCUGAUGGUAAGAUAUCUGAGCAUACUGCUUAUGUUUUGGUAAUGUUAAGUGAAAAUGUAAUUACUGGUACUGCUUUUGAUGCCAGUGAUGGCGUCUAGUGAUUUUGGUUGAUAUUGAUAGAUACAAACUAUAGCUACAACCUCAUUGAAAUCAAAUCUUUUACACUAAUAUGAUACAUCUCUUCAUGAAGAUCUAAUAAAAAAACCUGUAGGUCAGGUCAGAUGACCUGGAGCCAUCUUUUACCACCCAAUCUAAUGAAGGAUGAGCCAAUCAAAACUCAGCUUUCUAAAAUGAUUCGGGUUCAUUUCUUUACCACCUUAAUUCAGAAAUCUCUGUCAAGGCAAAGGGAAUCGGCAGAAAACACAUAGACCUUGAUAGUACAACCUGUUGGGUGGUCGGAAAUAAAAGGAUGUAUAAAAUAUCCACUAUAUGAUAGCGCAGAUACUGUGAAUCUUGUAAUUAAUGCUGCUGACCCCUAGCCAAAAAUGCGACUCAAAAUCAGUGCGACUCCCCCAGUCUUUAAUUCACAUUGUGUACUUGUUACAACUGCUCAAUAAACUGUGUUUGUGUAUAUAUUCAAGUUGGUAUUUCCGCUAACCAAAGUAUGCAGAUUGUUGAUAGUCAUUUUUGAGACAUAAAUGCGAAGUUUCAUUAAUGCGAACAAAGACCACUCGCAUUUUUCGCAUUUAAUUCACGCGUGCAUUAAUUUCAAGAUUUAAUUUAUAUGUUUUGCAUUCAGAACUCUCCAAUUAUAUUUGAUUGCGAGAUACAGAAUUCAGAUAUGCUUGUCUGAAUGCUGUGUUCACACACCUGAUCAGCUGAUUGGAUAGUUCAAAUGACAUAACCUUGACUGGAGGUGUCCUUAGAUGUUCAAACAGGAGCAAAAGAUGGAUUGAUAUAUAAUUUUCAGCACAAUUCAUAUUGUUAGCUAAAGCUAUGGCUGAGUGUACUAAAGAAACUAGGAACUUGACUUCAACCCCAUGUCUAACAUAGUCAACUGCCUUGGUACAAGAUUUCAGAGAAAAUAUUGAAACACUCUCCCUUGAAAUAUUUUCUGUAAGUGUUCAUGUGAACUAUGUUAAAAGUCAUCGGUAAAAGAUAUUUGAUAUAUCUUCCUGCAGGUGGACCUUAUUAUCUAUACAUUUGAUAUGAUUCUAAUAUGUCAGUUUGACAUAGGAUGAUAAUACUUCAUAACAUUAUCUGCUGUUACUGACCUGUUGUUUGGUGCAAAUGUUGUAUAUAACUUGAUAUAUCAUAUACUUCUUUUUUUUAUAAUAUGGUUAUGUAAUGAAAUAAAUAUUUUUGAAGUGUA